AUGACAAUGGACAUUCAAAAUAACUAUCAAAAUUAUAAAGAGCAGUCUCCAGAUCGUAAGGAGACUAGUUUGAAUAUUGAAAGUGCAAAAACUUCACAACAUUUAAAGACAGACAUGCAGUCGACUGUGCUUGGUCAAGGAAAGGCAUCCAAACGAUCAUUUGAUGUGGCAUUCUUGAUGAUGCCGGACGAAAAAGUUCGUCAGGUUCCGCCUGAGAGGCAACUAAGAGUGUCAAAACAGCUUUUUAAUACGGAAGAGUGGGAACAACCAAGUAAAGUAAGAGUUGCAGAUAUAUAUAAACAAAGUGAAUAUUCUAAUGAUAAUACACUUGAUUCAAAAGAUCAAGAUGAAGAUAGAGUACGUAUGAAUAAUAAUAUGUCGCCAGGCUUCGGCUCUGAUAUUAACAUUGACGUCGGCACCGACGAAUAUCCAAGUAAGUCCAUGUAUUGUAGUGAUUCUGAUACUUCUGAGCGAUCGAGAAGCCGCCCGAAUUCAAAUGAAAGUGCUAAUAGGCAUCCAAAAUUUUUACCCGAAUAUAAAAAUAAAAUUUUCGAUGAUCCUACGCUAAUCAGCAUACAAACAAGAGCGAGAUUCGAAAACCGAUUUGGAGAAAAACAACAAGAAAUGUCGCCUAAAAGCGCAUUCACAAAAGUUUCAAAUUUUGCGGUUCGAUCGCCAAACCCAUCAGUCAGUCCUGAUAACCUUCUAUACCAGAACUCUGUCAGCCCACCAUUAUCAGCUUCUAGUCCACCGUCAAAUACUUACAAUAAGAUGGGAUUUAACAACCUUCUAACACCAGCACAUUUAUUGAACGGUCAUAACUUUUUUAAAUCACAAAACGGCCCAUCAACUUCACCAAAUUAUCCAGAGUCUACUCUUCAACGCACAACAUUUAAAGCAAUGGAAUAUCAAAAUAAACACGACUCAAAAACAUCACAAAUGUCUCCAAAUAAAAUGAAUUUUCUGCCAUUUAGGCCUGAGCUACCAUAUUUACAAGCUGGGCCGUCGUAUCCUUUUGGGGUUCAAAAUUUUCAACAGCCAAACCCUGAUAUUAUGAAGUUUCCAGGACCUCCACGAGAGCCAGUGAACCCUUUGAUAGCGAAUCCUGCCGCUGCGAUUCUGAGUACUCUCUUACCUUCAACUAUAGCCGCUUUUUCUUUGCCAGCGCAAAAUGUAUGUGCCAAAUGCAGUAUAAGCUUUAGAAUGACUUCGGAUUUAGUUUACCACAUGAGAACGCAUCACAAAAGCGAAUCUAUCGGAGAUCCCAAUAGAAGGAAAAGGGAAGAAAAACUGAAAUGUCCCGUGUGCAAUGAAAGCUUCAGAGAGAGACACCACCUCACCAGACAUAUGACCGCACAUCAAGACAAGGAAGGCGAUUUAGAUGACAUUUCUGCUCAGAACUUUAGUAAGAAAAAUAAAUUUUACCCACACAACGGACCCAUUCUUCACAAA